GGCGCUUGGGGCAGCAGAUAACGGGCAGUGGUCGGCAGGGGGGCUCCGGCCGAGCUCCCGGCCAGCCGGCAGGUACCGGUGUGCGGCCUCUUCCCCCCGCAGGCACGGGAGGCUGCAGCCUUCAGCACGGAAACCACAGCCGAGGUGAUGCACAAUAAAGUUGCUAGAUGACCAGGGAGGCGUUGUCUUGUUCCAUUUGAAAAUAAGGGAUCGCGAUAGACAGGUGUCCAUCGAAUAGGUGCGAGGAAGACUUCGAGGCUAUUUGUGUGAGUAGGAAGGUUUCCCCCUCGUGCCCCUGCGCUGGCUGCUGUUGCAUCAUAGAAGGGCACGAAAUCAGGAAGUGAGAUCGAUCGGCUGGCACAGCCGAGCAGCAUCGACGACUUGUCCCGUAACACACAUUGCAGAUGGAUGGUGAUAGCUCCACAACGGAUGCUUCUCAGUUAGGAAUUGCUGGAGAUUACAUUGGCGGCAGUCACUAUGUGAUACAGCCUCACGAUGACACAGAGGACAGCAUGAAUGAUCAUGAAGAUACAAAUGGCUCAAAAGAGAGUUUCAGAGAACAAGAUAUAUAUCUUCCAAUUGCAAAUGUGGCAAGGAUAAUGAAAAAUGCCAUACCCCAAACAGGAAAGAUUGCUAAGGAUGCAAAGGAAUGCGUGCAAGAGUGCGUAAGUGAAUUCAUCAGCUUUAUAACAUCAGAAGCAAGUGAGAGGUGUCACCAAGAGAAAAGAAAGACGAUCAAUGGAGAGGAUAUUCUCUUUGCCAUGUCUACCUUGGGGUUUGAUAGCUAUGUUGAACCUUUGAAGUUAUACCUCCAAAAAUUCAGAGAGGCAAUGAAAGGAGAAAAGGGCAUUGGGGGAACAGUUACAACUGGAGAUGGUCUAAGUGAGGAACUCACAGAGGAAGCAUUUAUAGCUACAUAUUUAGGCCACAUUCGUUCUACUUGCAAGACUGUUGGGGAAAAAGUAAAAUAAACUCCACUUGAUGACUUGAGGAGCUUGUCUUUGAGAAAUGAGCCAGAGAAGAACAUCAUCUUCGUAUAAUUCUAAAACACUUAGUAUUUUUUAUAUUCGAAAGAAUGCACAGAUUGGCAACUAAAAGGUGUAGGGCAAGGAGCAUCAUAUGCAUUCACUGUAGUUUUUCUUCCUUGUAAUGUGAAUUAAAGCCUGACAGUUGUUGGGACUUCGUGUUGGUUUUGUUGAUGCUGGAUUCUCGCAUAUGGUCUUCUCCUUGGCUUUUAAAUAUUAUGGGCUGGUAAUCUUGAAGCUGAUACAAGAAAAAUUAGGAGGUGCAGCUCUAAUCAUAUCUACUGAUAUUUAAGUAUCUAAUAAAUCUUCUGUUUAAAAUCACUAGUAGACUACUGAACUAGCAAAAAUUCAAAGCCUGAGGACUGAAAUUACUUAUUCAGGGUCUGAAACACACGUUGCUCCCAGUAUGAUGGUUUUGGCUAUAUAAAACAGUACAGACUCUUUGGGUCUCUUCUAGACUGGAAGAUAAGCCCAUAAAACUAUCUGGAAAUUAAGAAUCUAAACCUAAAUAUUGCAGGAGACCUAUAGAAAGCUUUAUUUUUUUUUUAAAUGUGACUAAUUUUAUAAUUAAAGAUUAGGCAAUGCAGGUAGUAAACUCUUACCCAUACUCAUAUGUAAUGCUCUUUUGGUUCAGAAUUAGUAAGACACUGGCACAACUAUAGGCCAAAUUUAUUUACCUUGAGUAUGUUGCUUAUGGUUUUGUAGAUUGCAGCUGUUGGGAGUCUGUCUGGCUUGGAAGCUUGUCAAAUCAGUGUAUAGAAAUAGUUCUAAGAGCUUUAUUUUGUAUAUAUUCUGAUUUGCACUUCAAGCAUAUAAACUGCAGCUUGACAGUUGAGGGAAAAUACGUAGUUGGAAACUUUUAAUUGUGUCUGCAUCCAGUAUCUUGUUUUGUAUGGACAAAGAGACAAAUUCACAGAAAGUUUCUCCUCUGGAUGCUCAUGCUCUGCUUAGCCUGAGUACAAUGCCCACUAGAAAAUGUAAAUGAGAAAAAAGGAAUCCCCUUACAUCUGUGGAUCCUCUGUCCCCUUCCCAAAUUUGAUAUGGCCCCUGUUAAACAGCAGAAGGUUGAAGAUCUGCUCCUAGUCAUUUGUUCAGAUAUCUCAGGCUUGGGAGCCUCAGGAUGCUCUAUGAAAUAAAUCUUAAUUUAUUGUGAUUUGAAAAGAGCAACUUUGGAGAUAAAUAUUAAGUCUUGGCAGGAUGCAAAGGAAAUGUUGCAGUAUCAGAAGGAAAAAAAAAACAAAACAAACAAAACCAAGCCAACUCAUGAAGUGCUGCAGGGGGCAGCUCUAAAUCUAUUAAGAAUGAAGGUCUUGUUGCAGCAGUAACAGUAAUAGCUGUGCUACCGUGGCAUAACUCUUAGCUCUUUGGAUUAGUUUAGUGCCAGGGCUGGGUCAGAGGCAUGGCAUAAAACUGUGUUGGAUGUGGAACAUGUGCGUUAAAGGGCGGUAAAAUUUUCGACCUGCCACAGCCAUUUCUCACUGUAAUCUUAAUGCAUCUCUUAACUUGCAACUUAAGUAUUUGAAAAUUGUACAACGAAGGUAGGAGGAAAAAAAAAAUAAUCAAACCAACAGUUUAAGAACGCCAAGCAUCAGCUUUCAAAUGAAAGCUGUUACUCUGUUUUCAGAAUUUUUUUAUGGGUUGUAAGUCUUAUUAAUACAUAGUAACAGUCAUGCUUCAGACAGAAAAAAGCCACCUUUGUCUCCUAGUGGAGAAUGUUACUCUACAGUGACUUAACUUACAACAGUUGUGCUGCUUUGCUUCCGAGUAGCAGUUGUAACAUACCUGUUCUGAAGGUUGCAGAGCUCAAUGUACGUGUUACUGUAAAGGUUUAUCUUAGAGCAGCACUCCCUGUGUUUUCUCUGUAAAUCUCAGGAGUGUUUUUUUACUCUGUUCGUUGGCUUCCUCUCUCCUGUACGAAAUUCAGAGUUCUUGUGUGUACCUUGAAGGGCAUGCAGAAGUCAAACAAUGUAAUGUCAGUCUCUGGUUUUUUUUUUUUUUUUUUUUUUUUUUUUUGUCAUUGACUGUCUUUGCUGCCUUCCAUGGGGCUUCCAUGUUACAGAGUCCCUGAUGGAUCCUGUUUUAUAAAGAAGCACAGUGAUUUCAUUGAGUUCCUCACACACAUGUAUGUUCAAGUGCUAACCUUCUUCUAAACAAACCCCCCUGAAUUCUCCAGGUUUCUGGGGGUACUGAAUGCUGGAGAUUGCUUUUUCAGUGGUCAGGACAGCAAACUCUACUCCCUUUGCCAGCGUACAGCUGUGUAUGUUCUGCUUCAGAUAUGUACAGGGGAAGAAGGUGCUGUCUUACUUUUAGAUGAUCUGAUGCAAAAUUAAGUUGAAUUUUGUUUCCUAAGUGUUUCUUCUUAAUGGGAAUACAUCUGUUUACUUGUAACACUAAGUAACAAGUCUGUCUAUAUGCAGCGUAGGGUGGCAGCUGUCAGGGGAGGAAUGGCUCCAUAGUCCUGAAGCAGACCACAGUUAAAAGUUAUUUAAUGGUGACAGACACAUCAAACAAGGCUCUGUGUAUUCUAAAGUUCCUGUCUUAACUUUCUUAAAAUGCUCUUUC